UUGCUUUUAUUCGAGAUGAAUUUGUCAGAAAUGUGUGACAACGCUAAGAAGGGCCGUGAGUAUGCCCUGCUUGGGAACUAUGACUCCUCCAUGGUGUACUACCAGGGCGUCCUGCAGCAGAUCCACAAGCACUGCCAGACCCUCAGAGACCCAGCUCAGAAAGUCAAAUGGCAACAGCUCAAGCAGGAACUGACUGAGGAAUAUGAGCAGGUGAAAGGCAUCAUGGGAACCCUGGAGAGCUUUAAGUCUGAGAAGCCUGUUGACAUCAUUGUCCCUCAGCUGGAGCAGCAACCUGAGGAUCCAGCCGUCUGGCCCCCACCCAACCCAGUAGAACACAGGAAUCCUGUUGCGUUGAAGCGGCCCAACAGUGGUGUGAAGCUGCAGCAGAAGAAGGAAUCUCCUGGUCUGCAGCACAGAGGUGCAGGACCAGGUGUUCGCGCUCAGGCCAACCCUAAAGCGGCAGGGAUCAGAGAUGCUCGAGGCGCAAAAGCCAAAGACGAUAAGGGUAAGAAGGCGGAUACACAGGGAGAUCCAGAACAGAAGAAGUUUGAUGGCACAGGAUAUGACAAUGACUUGGUGGACUCUCUGGAGAGAGAUAUAGUAUCUCGUAACCCUAAUGUGCACUGGGAAGACAUUGCUGAUCUGGAAGAUGCUAAGAAGCUGCUGAGGGAAGCAGUGGUGCUGCCCAUGUGGAUGCCCGACUUCUUUAAGGGGAUUCGUCGGCCAUGGAAGGGUGUGUUGAUGGUUGGCCCACCAGGGACUGGGAAGACCAUGUUAGCCAAAGCUGUGGCCACAGAAUGUGGGACUACUUUUUUCAACGUGUCCUCCUCCACGCUCACCUCUAAAUACAGAGGCGAGUCUGAAAAACUUGUCCGUCUGCUGUUUGAAAUGGCUAGAUUUUACGCUCCAACAACCAUCUUCAUAGACGAAAUUGACUCUAUUUGUGGCAGACGAGGGACGUCCGAUGAACACGAAGCCAGCCGUCGUGUCAAAUCAGAACUUCUGAUUCAGAUGGAUGGUGUGGGGGGCGCCCUGGAGAACGAUGACCCGUCUAAAAUGGUGAUGGUCCUCGCUGCUACAAACUUCCCCUGGGACAUCGACGAGGCGUUGCGACGACGCCUGGAGAAGAGGAUCUACAUCCCCCUCCCCACAGCUGUGGGGCGUGUAGAGCUCCUAAAGAUCAACCUAAGGGAGGUGGAGUUGGCUUCUGACGUAGACCUGGACCUCAUAGCUGACAAGAUUGAGGGGUACUCGGGGGCAGACAUCACCAACGUCUGCAGAGAUGCUUCCAUGAUGGCAAUGCGUCGGCGGAUCCAAGGUCUGAGUCCAGAGGAGAUUCGAGCUCUGUCCAAGGAUGAGCUUCAGAUGCCCGUGACCAUGGAGGACUUCACUCUGACCCUGAAGAAGAUCUCCAAGUCUGUCUCUGCUGCAGAUCUGGAGAAAUACGAAGCCUGGAUGGCUGAGUUUGGGUCUGUAUAAAGGGCGUGCAUGGACUCAGAGGGAGCAGAGGCUUAAAAAGAGGAGUGACCGCUUCGAAACUUUGACCGCUUUGAGCAG